AUGCCGCUCGGUGUACGGUUGAAGUGGCGGCAGACGAGCACGGCGAGCCAGCUGAGCGCCAAGAGGGACAUGAGCGGCGGCGGGACCGGGAUGGCCGGCGGGAAGACGGGGAACAGGAGGGAGGACGCCAGAGGGAAAGGAGGGGCCAGGUUCGGUGGCCGGGGCAAUGGGGAGGAGAGAGAAGAGCGCGGUGGGCGUGGGCGCGGAGGGGGUACGGAGCAGAAGAGGUGGCGGAGCGAUGCAGGGUCUCAAGGAGACGCCAGGAGGGCUUCGUCUGGGUUUGACAGCAGGAAGAGGAAGGCUGAUCGUGACUCGGGGUACGGCGAUUACAACGCCGCGUCGUUUUCUAAGCCAAGGAUGGACAGAAAGAACCCUUCCGAUGGAACCCGUGGCAAGUUUUCUUCUCGAGGAGGCGACGGGUUUAAGCCCCGGAGAUCUGAAGAGGGUGAAUUUCGGCCGAUGAGAAGGAGUAGCAGCAAUGGUUCUGGUAUGGGCAGAGGGGGUGGCGAUAGGUUCAAGCCUCGAGGUAUGGAAGAUGGUGGCUUUCGUUCAGUGAGAAGGGAUAGCAGCAAAGGUUCUGGUAUGGGCAGAGGGGAAGGCGAAAGGUUCAAGCCUCGAGGUUCGGAAGAUGAUGGCUUCCGUUCAAUGAGAAGGGAUAGCAGCAAGACCUCUGGUGGAAGUAAAGGGGACAAGGGUCGAUCAAUGGUCUGUAUGAAUUCACAAGCCUCCAAGUGGAAGAAAUUUGACAAAGACAUCAGGGUCGAUCGUCGAAAUGGUGGCGCCACAAAUGCCGAUUUGGAUGAGCAUGAUGCCGGAAGCAGGAAGUCUGAUGAUUCACGCCAAAAUACUGAAGAGAAGCCCCGUGCGCGUCCUACUCGAGUGCUGGACAAGACUGGGAAGAAACUCAGGGUCUAUAAGAAGGAUUCAGUUUCUGAUUCUGAGGAAAUUGCUCCUCCUAAGAAGAGAAAGCGAAUGAAACUAGAUCCUUAUGACACAUCAAACAAACGAAUUGAGGAGGCAACUCCCAAACAAGAUGUUUGCAUAACAGUGAAGAUUCCAGAAAAGAGCACACCUGAACCUGAAGAGACUGAAAUGUCUAUAAAUGCUAAAUUUCGUGACAUACAGCCAAGUUCUUCAAUCCUUCAAUAUGUUGAAGAUAAUCUACUUGGUCGUAGGCGUCUAAUUGACAUAAAAAAUGCUGGCUACAAUACCAAGCUUUCUGCUCCUCUGGAUAAUGUCCCCUUCUCAACCAGAAUUGAGCGUGACCGGAUAGAAGACAGUGUGUUCAGAAAUAAGUUGGACUUUUUUGCCGCUGCAAAGAUCCCAUCAUCUUUCCCUCCUCCUACAAUUCCAGAGAUAGCAUUUGCAGGGGUAUCAAACGUUGGGAAAUCAUCACUACUUAAUGCACUUACAAGACAGUGGGGUAUUGUCCGGACAUCAGAUAAACCAGGACUUACUCAAAGUAUAAAUUUCUUCAAGCUUGCAUCAAAGUUAUGCCUUGUUGAUUUGCCCGGAUAUGGUUUUGCUUAUGCAAAGGAUGAAGUUAAAGAGUCUUGGCAGGAGCUUGUGAAGGAGUAUGUUUCAAACAGGGUUGGUCUGGAUAGAGUGUGCCUUCUUGUGCACACUAAACGUGGAAUGAAACCAUUGGACUACGAGCUUAUAGAUCUAAUGGAAAGAUACAAGACACCAUACCAGAUUGUAUUAACCAAGACUGAUUUGGUUUUCCCUAUAGACGUUGCUCGCCGUGCCAUGGAAAUCCAAGAGGUUCAGCCUGAAGAAGAACAAGUCAGUCGUAAAGCCCGUGAUGAUGGUGAGCUCCAAGACGGGGGCCGGCAUACGCAACCUGAGAGGCGUCCUUGGGAAGCUAGCUCGCUUCAUCAAGCCGUAGGAAGGCGAUGA